AGUGUUUUUCAUUGGCUACAAUGGGUGGUAAAGACUACUAUGCGAUACUGGGCGUGAGUCGCGACGCCAGCCAAGACGAGCUCAAAAAGGCCUAUAGGAAGAAGGCUAUACGGUGGCAUCCUGAUAAGAAUCCUGAUAACUUGGAGGAAGCCAAUGAGAAGUUCAAAGAUAUCAGCGAGGCCUAUGAGGUCCUCUCGGAUUCUCAAAAGCGUGCAGCGUAUGACCAGUAUGGAUCAGAUGGACCGCAGAUGCAAGCAGGCGGAGGACCUGGCGGCUUUGGUGGUCAACAUAUAGACCCAAAUGACCUCUUCCGAGCGUUCUUCGGAGGAGCCGACAUGGAAGAUAUAUUCGGAGGUCGAGUAAGAGGAGGCAUGGGAGGACCAAUGGGGGGAGGGGUUCACUACACGAGUUUUGGUCCGGGCGGUAUGGCGUUCCAAUUCGGAGGGCCCGGCAUGGGCGGCUUCGGCGGUCCUGGUUUCGGGCGCCGACCGCAACAGCCUGCAGUAGUGCCUAUUGAUGUGAGCUUAGAGGAGAUCUAUCAAGGGACGAAUCGACGGGAGACGGUGAAUGGCCAUACAGCGGAGAUUAGAAUCCCUAAGGGAUGCCAUGAUGGGAAGAAGCUUAGUUUUGGCUCCACCUCCUCGAGCAACGAUGUCUCUUACGUAGUUGUACGUGAGAAGCCUCACGACGUCUUCGUGAGAUCAGGAGAUGCCGAUCUUGUCACAUAUGCAGUCCUGACUUUCAUGGAAUGGUUGGUGACGGGUCGAUCUGGGUACAGAAUAAGAGGCUUGGACAAUAAGGAGAUAACGGUGAGAGCUCCUACGCUAUGGGAUGGACAGAUUCGGAUUGAAGGAAAGGGUAUGCCUGUUGAGGCGGUGCCGGGCCAAUAUGGUGACCUCUACGUACGCAGCACUCCAAUGAGUCCGGAAACUUGGGAGCAGAUGAAGCAACUGUUUAGGAUGGUUGGGGGUCUGUUCCUGGUCCUCUUGGUGGAAGAGGCCAUGCCUGGAUGA